AUGGCUUACCCUCCUCUGGGUGUGGGUUUCCGAUUUCGCCCAACUGACCGGGAAUUGGUGGCUUACUAUCUCCACAACCGGGCUGUUAUGGGUGAUCAAUUUCAGUCCAGUUUCGUCUUCAAUUGUCCAGAUAUCUACGGGCAAACUGAGCCCUGGAUCAUUUGGGACUUGUUCGGUGGAAACUUGAUAGAAGAGGGAGAAGCUCUGUAUUUCUUCACUCAGCGCAAGAAGUUGAAUCCCAAAGCCAAAAGGUUUCAUAGGAAAGUGGGUUCCGGAACUUGGAGUGCGCAGUCUAAAGAUGAUGUUGUUUCUGCUGAUCAUCAUGUUAUUGGUACUAAAAGAGAAUUUCGAUAUGAGAAGGGAUCUGAUCCACUUCAAAAUGGGGUUUGGUUGAUGCAGGAGUACGAGCUCACAUCCCUCAAUGAUAUGGUGCUCUGCACCCUCAGGAAAAGCUCCAGACCCCCAGCAGAAACAGCUUCUUCAUCUACUGCUGCUCCUCCUCUGAAUCAGAGUGUUGAUGAGAAUUUUGGCAACAAAAUGAAAAGGAAGAUGAAUUUCUGUGAGGAGGAGGAGGAGGAGGACUCUUGCAAAAGAAAAAAGUUGGAACCUCCUAAACCCUCUUACUUGUAUGAGCAACACUUUGAUGUUGAUAAGCUCUUUGAUUUUGAUCAUCAACCCAAGACUCCAGACCACAUGGUUUCUGUUGCUCAACCUUUUGUUCAAGUUGAAAAGAGCAAUGAUGAUCUCAUCAUGCCUUCAUUAAUUAGUGAUGAUGAAAGCCUUGAGGCUGUUCAGGUCAUGGCCUCAGUUGGUCAAUCAAUAUGUGCUGCUACUAUUAAUUCUCUAAUGGAUAGUCCAAUUUCAUUUGAGCAUUUUGAUGCUGAAGUUGAUGAAUUCCUUGGCUUGACUGCUGAUGAUUAUAAUAAUAAUAAUAAUGAGGAUGGUAUUUCUCAGUUCUCAAGUUCUGAUUUAAGUUGUUUGGACUGA